AUGUCCCGAUUCGGCGCAAAGAAAGGCAGAAAGCUCCCCGGAGCCGAAUUCACUUGGGAGGCAGAUCCCAGCGGAGAAAAUGAUACGGCGCCGACGCCUUUGUUCCCUAAAUACACCGUCCCUCGCGCCAGACCGCUCUCCUCGCAGGAACAAUUGCAGGUGGAUUUCUAUCGCACUCUCCGGGAACGGUUCCACGAUGGCCCUUAUUACUCGAUUCUGGAGGGGGCGGGGUCGACGAUGAAGAAGGAUAGUGCGGCGCGGGCGAACUUCGAUCCCUUCCAUGGCAUGCCGAGUUAUUCGGGCAAGUAUCAGAAGAAGAAGAGGGCGUUGCCGAGGUUACAGGGGAGGCAGUAUGUUAUGAAGUUCUUCCCCCGCGAAUUGUGGCAGACGAUUCAGCCGACGUUUAAGCCCGAUGCCGCGAUGGAUGGGUACGUGCCGCAGGUGGCGCGGGCUGGGGUGAAGCGGGGAUUUGAGGACGAUGAUGAAGAGGAGGAUGAGGAUGUGGCGAAGCGGGCGAAGGCUGGUGGUGAGGAGGGUGAGGGGGCUGAGGAUGAUGACGAUGGGGACGGGGAUAUCCUCGAUCCGGAGGAGGAGCAGGAAGGCGAGGAGGAGAUUGAAGAUGAUGACUUUGAGGAUGACGAUGAUGAGAUGGGUGGGGAUUAUAACGCUGAGCAGUACUUUGAUGGUGGUGAUGACGAGUAUGGGGAUGAUGGGUUCGGAGAUGGUGGUGGUGGCGGCGAGGAGGAUACUUAUUAG